GGAAGCGCGACAGUGCUGCGAGGCGCGCUUUGCGGCUGCUGCCAUAAAGCAGCUCCUGCCCGGCAGCGGCGCUGCCGCCCUUGGGCCGGGAUGAGCGGCCCCGGCGGGAGCAAGGCCCUGGAGCUGCUGCGGUCGCUGCCCAGGGUCAGCCUGGCCAACCUGAGGCCCAGCCCCGGCUCCAAAAAGAAGGAGAAAAGACGUGGCCGCGGAAGAUAUGGAGGUAGAAAGUGUGGCAGAGGUCACAAAGGAGAAAGACAAAGAGGAAAUCGUCCCCGAUUAGGCUUUGAGGGUGGCCAAACUCCAUUUUAUUUGGCCAUACCAAAGUAUGGGUUUAAUGAGGGACAUAGCCUCAGACGUCAGUAUCAACCACUCAGUCUUCAGAAGCUGCAGUACCUGAUUGAUCUGGGUAGAGUUGACCCCACACAACCAAUUGACUUAACACAGCUUACUAAUGCCAGAGGUGUAACAGUACAACCUCUCAAACGAGAUUAUGGCAUCCAGCUGGUGGAGGAGGGUGCUGAUAUUUUUUCAGCAAAAGUAAACAUUGAAGUACAAAGGGCAUCUGAAUUAGCAAUUGCAACCAUAGAAAAAAAUGGAGGUGUUAUUACAACAUCGUUCUACGAUCCAAGGAGCUUGGAAAUUUUAAUUAAGCCAGUAGUGUUUUUUCUGCGUGGCCAGCCUAUUCCAAAGCGGAUGCUUCCACCUGAAGAUCUAGUUCGUUACUACACAGAUGCCAGUAAUCGGGGGUAUCUGGCAGAUCCAUCCAAGGUUGAAGAAGCCAGGCUUGAACUUGCCAAGAAAUAUGGUUAUUCCCUACCAGACAUAACUAAAGAUGAGCUCUUCAAAAUGUUAAGCACACGCAAGGAUCCCAGGCAGAUAUUUUUUGGUCUUGCUCCAGGAUGGAUCGUAAACAUGGCAGACAAGAAAAUUCUGAAACCAACCGAUGAGAGGCUGCUAAAAUACUAUAGCUCAUGAAUUCAGGACUAGAGACAACUGCAGGUGUACAGGAAACAUCUGGGUAUGAAAUAAUGGAUACAAAGUGGUGUUUGUUUUUUUUAAGACUCCUGUUACACCAGACAAAACAAAAAUUAUUGUUUAUGUAAUCUACUGGCGUAGCUCUCAAUUUUUUUAUUGUCAUAAUACUGUCCAUAAAAAAUCUUAACGUUUGGAAACAGUUUAGAGUCUGACAUAAAUAAAGUGUGUGUUUGGGCA